AUGCCCACUCUGCUUUCACCCCAAAUAGGUGAAAAUGAUUCCAGUACAUCAGACGAAUGCUUUAAACCGGAAACUUACGAUGCCGAACACAUACUUGAAGAAAAAAAGGUCUGCAAGAUUGUAACACCGUAUGACAUUAUAAAGCCGAUCUAUCGUCAGUUUGAAAAGACUUAUGACCAAGGAAAUGGAACAACAAUCGCACACCGAUUUUUUACUGAAGAUGGAACAUUUAUAUCCUUUGAUAAAAAAACGUAUAAAGGUUAUGACCAAAUAGCAAGUGGCUAUCAGGUUGCAAUGGAUGCUGGUGCAACAAACUUUACGUUAACACCAUCAACUAUUUAUGCGAGUCAUCCAUUUUUUAUUGCAACAGGCCAUUAUAACUGUACAAUAGCUGCCGGAAAUUAUCAGGAAAUAUGGAAACAAGUAAACCAAAAGUGGCUUCUGUUUAUUGUUAUUGUUAAUUAA